AUGCUUCAAAGAACAUCAGAAGAUUUUUUUCCAAAGAUGGAAAGUUCAGUGGAAGAGAUGGAUACCUCUGAUACCCAGUGGGGCUGGUUUUACUUGGCUGAGUGUGGUAAAUGGCAUAUGUUUCAGUCUGAUUCAAACAGUCAUUGCUCCGUUAGCAGUGAAGAUAUUGAAAGGAGCUUCCGAACAAACCCACAUGGUUCUGUUUCUUUUACUACUGCAAAAUUUAACUACACACUUGAUUUUUCAGUGAUGAAACAAACCAACCUAACUACACUUAAGCAACGUCCGAUAAAGCGAGCUCCCUUUUCCAUCAGUGCUUUCAGUUUCAUCUGUGAAAAUGAGGCUAUCCCUAUGCCUUCACACUGGGAGAAUGUAAAUACUGAGGAGCCAUAUCAGCUUAUUCCAUUGCAAAAGAAAACAAAUGAAUAUAAUGAAGUUUCUAGUCUCUUUGGAAAAACAAUGGAUAGCCACCGAAUUAAAAGAAUUAAGAGAAUACAAAAUCUAGACUUGUGGGAGUUUUUUUGCAGAAAAAAAAAAAAGCUGAAAAAUAAAACCAAAUAA